AUGAGCGAGGGGAAGGAAGAUGGGUGCUUCGGCGCUCACAUGGGGGGUGCGCAGAAUAGGAAUGAUAGCUCACAAACAGAACGUCACCCUCCUGAAAGUGCUCAGCAGCGCUUCCGGAACAAUCAAGUACCUGGACCAGUAGAGGUUGCCCGCAAGCUUCACGAAUUAUGCUAUUAGUGGCUGAUGCCAGCGACCAGCUUAAAAGAUGAGAUCCUGGAAUCUCCAGUGCCAGAGCAGUUCCUGAACAUUCUGCCCCAGGCAAUGAAGAACUGGGUGCAAAAGCAUCGUCCACAGCAUGUCAAACAGGCCAUGGCACUUGUUGGAUUCUUGCAGACACAGCCUGAUGCAGUGCCCAAUGAGGACUUGUUGACAUUUGAAGAUAGAGAAAUGCAGUUUUCUGAGGAGGAGUGGUGUUUACUGGAUCCUUCUCAGAAGACACUCUGCAGUGUCCCACACCUGAAUCUGAGACCUAUUUUGCAAGUAUCUGAAGAUGAGGUUGAUGAGCUGCACCAUCACCUUCUGGACCUUCUGGCCCAGGCUGCGGUACACCAUGGUGGAAGUCACAAAGACCACACGAGGUUAAAGCCAGAAAAUGACAUGGGAAAUGGUCAACCCAAAUCUGCCUCUACAUCAAAAAUAGAAGCAAGGCCAUCAUCAAACCUAUCAAAGACCAGGAAGCAAACUACCCAGAAAAAAACCAGCAGGAAAAACCAUUCAGAUACAACCAGGGUAUGGGGAGGUGGUCAGGCUCUUCCAGGGAGGGAAGACAUGGUAGGUUCAGUUAGUGACCCACAGCCUCAAAAACCUUACCAGUGUCAGGAGUGUGGGAGAGGCUUCAGAAUUCCUUCUGAGCUUGCUAGACACCAGAGAGUUCACACCAGAGAGAAGCCUUUUUCCUGUCAGCAGUGUAACCGUCCCUUCAGGUGGAGUGCAGAUCUUAAAAUACAUUGCCUGGCACACCAAGGAAUAAAGCUAUAUAAGUGCUCCUGGUGCCAGAAAAGCUUUGUUAAUAGCACAAACUUACAUGCACACGUAAGAAUCCAUACAGGACAGAAACCCUUUAAGUGUCUGGAAUGUGGGAAAGCUUUCACUCAGAAAUGUCACCUUGUUAACCACCAGAUAAUCCACACUGGUGAGCAGCCCUGUAGUCUGUGUGAGAGAACGUUUAACAGAAAGUCCAGCCUUGUCAGACACCAGAAGAUACAUUGUCGGGUAACGCAGCCAAAGCCGUCGGCUGGAAGUAAAUCAGAACAGUGAAGUGACAAACUGUAGCGAACAUUAGGAAUUUCCCAAUAAGAAUCUUUCAAAGAAAGAACAUCAGGGAGACUUAUGUUUUGAUUCACAGAAGGGAAUCUACACGGCUCCCCACUACCAGCACUUAGAUUUCAGUGUUUACCACAAA